CGGUGGUUAUUCAAUAACCAGACCGGUUCGGUUGGCCAUCGCGCUCCCAUGCUCGGCAAAGCCCAGAACCGGCGUGCGUUUCUGAGGAGAUACUGUGGUGCCCACGCCGUGAUACCGAUAGUUCCAGGAGCAGACACAGCGACGCCGAGCUGGAGUAGAGUUUGUUGGUUUUUCUUGUCUCAUCUCGGAGAAAAGCGGCUCCCCUCCAUUAUCCGAUACAUCGGAGAUUUGGACUUCGUUGGUAGCUGCACUACUGCCGUGCAUGCAGCCGCGCGCAGCCAGCGAAAUGAGCCAAGAAUCAGCAGCCGCCGCGGCCACGGGCAUGGCGCCGGCGCCGGCGAAGGCUCAGCCGCACGUGCUACUCGUCUCCAGCCCUUUCCAGAGCCACGUCAACCCCCUCCUGCGCCUCGGCCGCCGCCUCGCCGGCAAGGGCCUCAGCGUCACCUUCACUACGGCUCUCCGCGACGGCAUCCGCGUCUUCGACGACGGCGACGGCGGCGGCGGCGGCGUCCGCGUCGAGCGCCUCCGCGGUGGAGGGAUGUGGGAGCCCGACGACCCACGGCUCCGCAUCCCUGGGGACAUGGCGCGCCACGUCGAGGCCGCCGGGCCGGCGGCGCUCGAGGAGCUCAUCCGCCGGGAGGCCGAGGCCGGGCGGCCGGUGGCGUGCGUCGUGGCCAACGCCUUUGUCUCCUGGGCGGUCCGCGUCGCCGGCGACGUCGGUCUCCCGUGCGCCAUACUGUGGAUCCAGUCGUGCGCCGUCCUGUCCGUGUACUACCACUAUGUCUACUCGCUCGCGGCCUUCCCGUCCGGCGACGAGGCUGACUCCUCCGGCGCCGUGACCAUCCCGGGUCUCCCGGAGCUGGACAUGGACGAGCUACGGCCACUCCGGAUUUACACUUCCGACCAGGAAAUGUGGCGCCAGAUGCUCGUCGGGGAUCUCGGCAGCAUGACGGAGAAGGCGCCAUGGGUUUUCGUGAACACGUUCGACGAGCUCGAGCACGAGGCCGUGGCGGGGCUUCGCAAGCAUAUACCGCUUAUACCGGUCGGUCCACUCGUCGAGCCAGACGACGGCGGCGUCGACGACGACGACGUCCACGGUUGCACCGCGUGGCUCGACGCGCAGCCACGGAGGUCAGUGGUGUUCGUGGCUUUCGGGAGCCUCGUGGACAUCGGCCACGACGAGGUGGUGGAGAUAGCGGAGGGGCUUGCCAGCACGGGCCGCCCGUUCCUGUGGGUGCUGCGCGACGGCAACCGCGCGCUCCUCCCCAAGGACGCCCUCAUCGACGCCUGCGGCGGCGACCGGGGAAAGGUGGUGCCGUGGUGCGAGCAGCGGCGCGUGCUCGCGCACGCCGCCGUGGGCUGCUUCGUGACGCACUGCGGGUGGAACUCCACCGCCGAGGCGCUCGCCGCGGGCGUACCGAUGGUGGCCUCCCCGAGGUGGUCCGACCAGCGCAUCAACACGCGGUUCGUCGUCGACGUCUACCGUGUGGGCGUCCGAGCCCCGGCGACGCCGCUGACGAGGGAAGCGCUCCGCCUGUCCGUCGAGGAGGUCACGGCCGGGCCGGAGGCGGAGGCGAUGGCGGCGCGCGCGGCGAUCCUGGGGGAGAAUGCGCGCGCCGCCGUGGGCGGCGGCGGCUCGUCGGACCGCGGCGUCCAGGCGUUCGUUGACCGGAUAACGUCCGGAGGCGCGGAGCCGUGACUUGCCCGAUCGGAUCACGUCGCGUUGGCGGUUUGGCGCGUAGUAGUUUGCAUGGGUCACCUUGAAGCUUGAAUUCCUUCCUGGAUAGGCAUGUGAGGAUCUGUUUGCAUGUUCAAUGGGUCACUUGACCUCCCGAAUAAAGUUUAGCAAAACUAGAUAUAGUUUAACAGACAUUGCAUGUGCAGUGGAUGCUGUCGGCCUGUUGCUACUUGCACGGUCAUCUUCUACCCCUGAUUUUCCAGCCUUGCAGGAACAGGAAACCAGAGGUUCGUGGCCAUCUGACUGCUGAGUGCAUGUGCUUAUUACCUGUGUUUUGCAGCAAUGAUCUGUUUUGUGCUUUGUGUUUGCCCAACCUCUCUAUUUGUAACUGUUAUAUAUGUGACUGCACGGCCCCGUUCGUUC